AUGCCUGAAUGUUGGUUUUAUUCAAGAUAUGGCGAGUGUAGUAAUGAGGAUUGCAUGUAUUUACAUAUUGAUCCUGAAACUAAAAUUAAAGAAUGUGCUUGGUAUGCUAGGGGAUUUUGUAAACAUGGACCACAUUGUAGACAUAAACAUGUUAGGAAAGUUGUAUGUCAAUUAUAUUUAAGUGGAUUUUGUCCUAAAGGAUCUGAAUGCCCUAAUGGACAUCCAAAAUAUGAAUUACCAUCUUCUCAACGUGAACAUGAUGGAUUUGACGAUGAUCAUCUCAUGAGCGAUCAUCAUCCAAACCUUCAUAACUACAAUAAAGAGAAAGAGAAAGAGAUAGCAAGAGGUUAG